CGCAUUCGCAAUACGGCUUAUUACGUUUAUUACGAACGGCAACCUGUCUGAGGGCAUAACCUCAAAAGUAACAGAAGUAAACAUCCCAGAAUUCUACUGUUGGGUCGUGUAUGAACAAAAAGUUCAUUAUUCGCAAAAAUGCAAAAUUUAAAAAAAUUGAAUGAACGAGUUUACCGAACUUCCUGCAAAACCGCAGCAGCGAUCAUAACUUAUUAUGAGGGCGAAAAACAAGAAACCAUGUUAGCGGAGCUUCGAGAACAAAUUGUAGCAACUUGUAGUGUUGAAGAAGUCAUAACCACUGCUGCAAAAAUAUCCAGUGAAAUUUCUCAGCAUAAUUCCUCCUCGCGAAAAUCGAAGAACCCGAAAAAUGAAAAACAAUGUUUGAAGAUAUACAAAGACAAAAUCGCGAGCAUCGAACCGGACCCAUCAAAAAAUAUGUACCUCCAAGAGUUUGAUCGAGUAGUAAGGUCGCUUAAAACAGAGUUGAACGGUUCAACCAUCGAGGCUGAUGGGGACGAUGACGAGGGAAUACAGCUGACUCGAGAUCCUGUCAAUGUCAUUGAUCCUGUGUCCAAAACUCGCAUGACCGAUCCAAUGAGAAAUCUCAAGUGUUCUCACGUUUACGAUAGCAAGAGCGUCAAGGCUCUGCUCGCACAGAGUGCUGGUGCAAGAUGCCCAGUGCCUGGGUGUAAAUCCACAGAAUUCUUAGCUAUGGAAAACAUGGUACCAGAUUUAGUAACGAAAAUCUAUUUGGAGCGGCAUCCAGUUGAAGAGGAGUCAUAAGAGUAGGAAGCACCGGUAAAAAGUGACGAAUCGCUGCCAAGACGUUUUUUCCGUUGACGGUCAGAGUUCAGCGUUUACACGCGUCACCGCUCAUUCUAACUGAUCAAAUGUUUCAAACGUGACGACGGAGUCACCGUCGCCAUUGGCAUCGAUUUUGGCGACUUGUCAAAAUUGAUGCUACCACAGACGAAGAGAAGAAAAAACAUGUUUCUAAGCCAUCCAAACAAGAAAGCCAAGCUUGAUUUUUUCAAAAUCUUCGUGUAUUAUGAAAAGCCUGUGAUCUUUUGAUAAUAAAUUAACAUAGUUUUUUGGAACAAAA